AUGGAAGAAGGGCAAAGUAAAAGCGUGGCAUCCAAUCUCUGGUCAUCGGCGGAAACGGUGAAGCUCCUACAGAAGUUGUUUGCGGAGGUGGUGGGGACGUACUUUGUGAUCUUCGCCGGGUGCGGGGCGGUGGCGGUGGACAAGAUGUACGGCUCUGUUUCAUUCCCAGGGGUCUCAGUGGUGUGGGGCUUAAUUGUGAUGGUCAUGAUCUACUCCGUCGGCCACAUCUCCGGCGCCCAUUUCAACCCCGCCGUUACCGUCACCUUCGCGAUCUUCCGACAGUUCCCUUUCAAACAGGUAAAAGGUUACUCCUUAUAUCGAUACCACUCUAACAAGCAAACGAGAUUUCAAAUACGAUGGAUUUGUGUAAUACAUUGCGCUAACUGUAUAUCGUCUGAAGAGGCUUACUUUGGUACCGUACCGGUCGGACCUAACCUGCGUUCUUUUGUUCUUGAGAUCAUCAUCUCCUUUCUCCUCAUGUUCGUCAUUUCUGGAGUUGCAACCGACAAUAGAGCGGUUGGGGAACUAGCAGGAAUUGCUGUUGGAAUGACAAUCAUGCUAAACGUGUUUGUUGCCGGGCCAGUGUCCGGGGCGUCGAUGAAUCCGGCAAGGAGCCUGGGUCCAGCUAUUGUGAUGCGUAUAUAUAAAGGAAUAUGGGUCUAUAUUGUUGGGCCCUUUGCGGGCACGAUUUUGGGUGGGUUUGCUUAUAAUCUGAUUAGAUACACCAACAAACCUCUUAGUGAGUUAACUAAGAGUGCAACGCUUCUCAGGAGUGUUAGGGGUUAUCCCUGACCCUCACUAAUUUUGUCACCACAUUGUUUUUGUAGUUAGCAAUCCAAAACUUGACUAUA